AGCAAAUGACAUGUAGCUCUCAACUUCUCCAUUCUCAAAUUUUCCCGUUGCAGCUGUUUGCAUUAUCUGAUCCUCUGGACUCUUACAACACUAUUACUGAUCUUGUCGAGAUUACCACAAUGCCCUUUAAGAUUGGAACAAAACGGUGCCUAUUGCUAUCGUUCAUCUUAUCAGUAUCAGGUUUCGGUUUCCAGUAUUGUUUUUCUUCUUCCUUCUGCAACACAGAGCAUACACAGAGACCCUUCCUUCUCUUUCAAUGGCGUCUUCCUUUUAGUCUCUCUCCUCCAUACCUUACUUUGCGGUUCGCAUCAGAGUGCAGAGAUUGUUCUGCUUCAAUUGUCUGCGGUUCUUCUAUUCGAUUCCGCGCGCUUCGUGUUCAAAUCCUUACCGCUUUCUCGAGCCAAAGAAGUUUCUCUUUCAGUCUCACUAGAGGCUUCUCCGACUCUCACCAUCUUCCUCCCUCUAGCAAGCUCGACGGGCCCUCUGUUCAGCAUUUCAUCGCCCAGGCCUCCCUCACUGCUUCUGAAUCACAGCCUCCUAAGUAAGUAUCAGUUUCUGUGCAAAGGCAGUAUGUUAGUUUUAUUUUGUUUGCUUAUUCGUUUCUUACUUGUUUCUUCUUUGUUUGCUUCGUGUGCGGUUCAAUCUAAAAGCUUAAGCUGUUUGAUUGUUUGGCGUAUGAGAUUUUCUUUGAUGAGAGAACUCAACGGAAGUGAAAGAUUCAAUAUUUCUAAUUUUUUUUCCUGCCAAAAUUCAAUCUUCCUGUUUGAUAUAUUAUGGUAGGCAGAGAUGUUUGGAAGAAAGAGAUUGUAAAUUG